UAAAUACAGUUACAUGUUACACCAAUAUCAUCAAAACGAGUUUUUAUUAGUCAAUCGUUGUUUCGAAUCCAGUAACUUAGUUUGUUGUUGUAUUAGUUUAGUUAAAAAAAAAAAAAAGAAAAAAUGACAGUAAAUUCGCAAAAUAUAAUCGUCGGGCCAGAGUUGGAACGAAUCUGCGAUUUACCACUAGGAGAAUUACUGUUGAGAAUGAUAAAAACACACGAAGACAACGUAAUCCAAGUGUGCGGUGAAACCGGUAAGGAAUUAACUGCAGAUGUAUUACUAAAACGAACCAUAAAACUAUCAAAAUGGUUGACGCAUGAAGGAAUCACCGUAGGCGACAACAUAUCGAUAAAUUCAGAAAAUCGUACGGAGUUCUGCAUAGUACCAGUGGCGAGUUGGUUUUCUGGAGCCACUAUAGCCCCUUUAAAUCCAGAUUACACUCCGCGCGAGCUCAAACACGUCCUAAACCUAUCGAAGCCUAAAAUCAUAUUUUGCUCCAACAGAACCAUAAACAAAAUGGUCUCGAUCUUACCGGAGCACCCAUACAUACGAAAAUUGAUUAAUUUCGAUGACGAUCCCGUACACAACCUCAAAGUUUUUAAAUUUUCCGAUCUUGUGAGGGACGCAGAAAAUGAAGAAAUCGAUGACGAUUUCGAGACGGUGCCUCUCGAUCCUAAAACUACUGUAGCGACGAUUUUAUGUUCUUCAGGAACGACGGGCAUGCCGAAGGGCGUAAUGGCUACGCACGACAACUAUAACGCUGUAAUAGACAUAGCUAGGGCAUACAUGGGAGACAUCGCCGAUAAUGAGGACCCAAGGGACGCUAUGAUCGGUUUGAUGCCGUUUUUUCACGCGUUUGGUUUUAUGCUGAUGUUCCUUAAUCUCGUAAGAGGUAAAACGAUAAUCAUUUUAGACAAAUUCAAGCCUAAAGUCUUUCUAAAUGCCAUAGUCAAAUAUAAAGUCACAAGAAUGAUAUUACCGCCUCCAUUAUUGCUAUUUUUGCUCAAAAGCCCUUUGGUAAAAAAUUACGAUUUAUCCUGCAUUAAAGAGAUACGCAGCGGUGCUGCACCCAUGGGCGAAGAAAUGGAGAAGGAACUUAAGAACCGAUUCAAUGUCUUCAACGUUUCCCAAGCAUUUGGCAUGACCGAAACUACCCUAGGUGUAUUGAUCACACCUCCAGGCAAGAGCAAACCGGGUUCUUGCGGGACAGUAGCUCCAGGAAUGAUGGCCAAGGUAAUCAACGAAGCUGGCGUGCCGCAAGGUCCCUACAGCAACGGCGAGAUAUGCGUGAAAGGUCCGAUGAUAAUGAAGGGCUACGCGGGAGAUCCGAAAGCGACCAACCUCAUCAUAGACAAAGACGGAUGGCUGCAUACAGGAGACGUAGCCUACUACGAUAACGAAGGGUACUUCUACAUAGUCGACAGAAUUAAAGAAUUAAUCAAAUACAAGGCUUUCCAAGUGGCACCAGCCGAAUUGGAGCAACUGCUUAUAACUCAUCCAGCUGUCGAGGACGCUGCCGUAGUGGGUCUGCCUCACGAGGAGGCUGGCGAGCUACCGUUGGCUUUCGUUGUCAAAAAAGCCGGCAAAAAUGUUACUGAAAGUGAAAUAGAACAAUUGGUGCGGGAUAAUAUGUCCGCGCAAAAGUGGCUGAGGGGCGGUGUGAUAUUUUUAAAUGAAAUUCCCAGAACAGCUACUGGAAAAAUUCUUAGGAGAGUGUUAAAACAAAGGGCUAUUGAUUUUAAAUCAAAAUUGUAAAAAUGUCAUUUUAUGAAAUUAAUUUUGUCUAAUCAUCGAAUAAGUCGAUCACACUGUUAAAGGCUUUCGUUGUUGCGCCAGUUCAGAAAAAUAUGCCGAUAACACUGUCUCCGAAAACAAAAAUGAAUUUCUUUAUCAAUUUUCAUUCUAUAAAUAUUGCACUUUAAAUUAGCUAAUGUAUUUAUAUUAGACAACUAAUGUGUCAAUUAUUUAAUUAAUUGUUUUGUUACCAGUGCAAAGUCAAUAGCCGGUACAACAGCUUAAUUUAAAAAUUUAAAUUCCACAUUGACCAAUUUUCCGACUUCAUUAUACAGGGAAUUUUAAUGAAAAAUCCAACCAUAAAUAAUUUUAAAGGUGAGUGAUAGAAAAAAAUACAAAAAUAAGUCAAAUAUAUAAAGGGGAACGGUUUUUUUGUAUGUAUACUUGUUGCAACUUUCACUAUCUACUUCCGUUUCUAUUAUUAAAUUGAAAUUAUCUGUAAAUUCUAAAACGAUUUACUUUACACUUCAGGUAUACAUUUUUGGAAUCGAAUAAUAAAAGAGAAUAGAAAAAUGCAAUAAUAUAUACAGGAUGCUCCAUUAAAAAAAAAACAUGGAGGAGAGUGAAAGUUAAGGGUAUACAUGAGCAAAAAGACGUCCCUCUUUAUAUUAUUUUUGACUUAUUUUUGUAUUUUGUCAUAAAGGCUUCACCAAUAAAAUUAUUUUUCUAUAUUUGACAUAUAAAGUGACAUUUUUUGUAAUCGCAACAACUGUCAAAAUUAUCAACUUUACGUAACGCGUUGCAUAAUGUUGAACAUUAUAAAACUGGUUACGAGAAAUUAAUUAUGUGAUAAGUUGAUAAUGUUGUUUUGGUGCUUAUUUUGCAUUCUAAAUCAGCACAAAAUAAUUAUAAUACAAUACACGACAAAAUAAUACACUUUAUUAAAAACUAAAUAACUUUAACAAGCAAUGUAAACACUCUACAAGUCGUUGAGAAUAAAUUAAUAUUAUUUUCUGUUUGUCAAUAAAGUUAUGCAUAUGCAACUAGCAAUACAUGAACGUAGUAAUAUUGAUUGCCUAGAUACCAGUAAUUUCUUACCAAAACAAAAUUUUAUGAAUAUUUUAGUAAAACUUGUAUUGUAAUGAACACGUUACGAAAUUCCGUUUUAUGUAACUCGUUACAUAAAAUAAGGCUUUUUAUUACUGGUUGCAUAAAUAGCUAUUAAGAUAUAGUUUUUAUUGAAAUUUCCUGAAUAUGUUUUUCAAUGCAUUACAUCAGUGUUUUCCGUCGCAUAAAACAAUUAGAUUUUAGCUCUUGGUGUGACAAACACGCACACGCGCGCACACACACACAGCUCUUACUUUUGUGCCCUUGUACAAUAAAUAUCUAUUUAUAUUUUUAUCAUAUGGGUGAUUUUUUAGGUUUAUAAUAAUUUCUUACUGUUUCUAAAUAAUACGAGGCAGCUCAAAACUAGCUGCAGCAUCACUGGAUAUUGUUGUUUCGUCUUUUCAAAGCUGCAAUAAACUUAAUUUAUUUUAUAUAAGGAUUUGGAGUGAUAAUGGUCAGUAUGCUUUAAACAAAAAUGUGAAGUUUUGAGAAAAUAAUUUAUUCAAUAUAGAUGUAAAAUAGAGUAAAUAUGUAAAUCAAUGUUUUGAAUAUGAAUUUGGCCCUUUAUCACCUUCUUCAAUAUUUCUAAGCAAUUUUUCAUGUCUUGCCAGUUCCGAUAUCAAAAUGUUAGUAUAAGUUAAUGAAUAAUCAUUAUGUUAAUUAUAUUUUACUCGGUAUAGGAUUGUUUAUUGUUGUACUACUUAUACAUAAAUUAUCUUAUUA